AGUGGCGCCGCUGGAAGAUCUUCUUCCGCUCUGAGGAGCUACUGAGGCUGCGGAGCCGGACUGCGGCUGGGGCGGGAAGAGCCGGGGCCGUGGCUGACAUGGAGCAGGGUUCCUGAGAGCCCGAUGCUGGCACAGGAUGGUAAGGGAUUGGCCCUGCCACUGAGGCCCCGCCCUCCCCGCCCUGAGGUGGGGGCCCACCAGGAUGAGCAAGCUGCCCAGGGAGCUGGCCCGAGACUUGGAGUGCAGCCUGCCCGCCGUGGCCUCCCUGGGCUCCUCGCUGUCCCACAGCCAGAGCCUCUCCUCGCACCUCCUUCCGCCACCUGAGAAGCGCAGGGCCAUCUCUGAUGUCCGCCGCACCUUCUGUCUCUUUGUCACCUUCGACCUGCUCUUCAUCUCCCUGCUCUGGAUCAUUGAACUGAAUGCUCCGUCUGACACCACUGCCCACCCCCAGCCCCUAUCAGCCCAGAUGGAUUAUGGCUGGGAAGAUGGAGCACUGCAGUGCCGGGAGGGAGAUGGAAUUCCGUCAGAGACCAACACAGGCAUCCGCAAGAACUUGGAGCAGGAGAUCAUCCAGUACAACUUCAAAACUUCCUUCUUUGACAUCUUCGUCCUGGCCUUCUUCCGCUUCUCUGGACUGCUCCUGGGCUAUGCCGUGCUGCGGCUUCGGCACUGGUGGGUGAUUGCGGUCACGACGCUGGUGUCCAGUGCAUUCCUCAUUGUCAAGGUCAUCCUCUCUGAGCUGCUCAGCAAAGGGGCAUUUGGCUACCUGCUCCCCAUCGUCUCCUUCGUCCUCGCCUGGUUGGAGACCUGGUUCCUUGACUUCAAAGUCCUACCCCAGGAAGCCGAAGAGGAACGAUGGUAUCUUGCCGCCCAGGCUGCUGUUGCCCAUGGACCCCUGCUGUUCUCCGGUGCUCUGUCCGAGGGACAGUUCUAUUCACCCCCAGAAUCCUUUGCAGGGUCUGACAAUGAAUCAGAUGAAGAAGUUGCUGGAAAGAAAAGUUUCUCUGCUCAGGAGCGGGAGUACAUCCGCCAGGGGAAGGAGGCCACAGCAGUGGUGGAUCAGAUCUUGGCCCAGGAAGAGAACUGGAAGUUUGAGAAGAAUAAUGAAUAUGGGGACACCGUGUAUACCAUUGAAGUUCCCUUUCACGGCAAGACGUUCAUCCUGAAGACCUUCCUGCCCUGCCCUGCGGAGCUCGUGUACCAGGAGGUGAUCCUGCAGCCUGAGAGGAUGGUGCUGUGGAACAAGACAGUGACCGCCUGCCAGAUCCUGCAGCGAGUAGAAGACAACACCCUCAUCUCCUAUGACGUGUCUGCAGGGGCUGCGGGCGGCGUGGUCUCCCCAAGGGACUUUGUGAAUGUCCGGCGCAUUGAGCGGCGCAGGGACCGAUACUUGUCAUCAGGGAUCGCCACCGCACACAGUGCCAAGCCCCCGACGCACAAAUAUGUCCGGGGAGAGAAUGGCCCCGGGGGCUUCAUCGUGCUCAAGUCGGCCAGUAACCCCCGUGUCUGCACCUUUGUCUGGAUUCUUAAUACAGAUCUCAAGGUGGGGUGCUGGGGGGCUGCCAGGGCCGCCUGCCCCGGUACCUCAUCCACCAGAGCCUCGCGGCCACCAUGUUUGAAUUUGCCUUUCACCUGCGACAGCGCAUCAGCGAACUGGGGGCAAGGGCGUGACUGUGCCCCCACCCACCCUGCGGGCCAGGGUCCUGUCGCCACCACUUCCAGAGCCAAAAAGGGGGCCAGUUGGGCUUCCGCUGCCCACAUAGGACCUGGCCCCAGGCUGUCACCCUCUGCCGAGCCAUGCAGUGCCUGGAGCCGACUGUCUGAGCAGGCUGUGCGGCGGAGCACUGGACUCUGGGGCUCCCCUGGCUGGAGAAAGUGGGGUCUGGCCUGCUGAUGUUUACAUGGUGCCCUGCCUCCUGGAGGAGCAGAUUGCUGUCCCUUGCCUUGCCAGGGCAGGGUCUGGGCUGGGCGCCUGACUUGGCUGGGGAGGGCCAGCACGGGGGCAGGGCAGGGCAGGGCAGCCUGUCACCCGUGUGAAGAUGAAGGGAUUCUUCAUCUGCCUGUGCUCUCGUGGGUUUUUUUAGGAUUAUUGAAAGAGUCUAGGACCCUUGUUGGGGAGUGGGUGGCAGGUGGGAGUGGGCUGCUGGCCAUGAAUCUCUGCCUCUCCCAGGCUGUCCCCCUCCUCCCAGGGCCUCCUGGGGGACCUUUGUAAUUUAAGCCAAUUAAAAAUAUG